AUGAGGCCUAAUUUCAUUUGCAUGGUGGCGUCCCUCUUGGGGAACGCUGUGUUUGCUACGAGGCUUUAUGCGGCAUCAUACGCAGGUUUUGUCACAUCACUCUCCCUGACCAAGACCAAUGGGAGCUAUGAACUGUCAACCCUUUCCAAGGCCACUGAUUGUGGCAGCAGCCCUUCUUGGUUAAUGGUAGACAGUGAGAACAGCAUCCUAUACUGUCUAGAUGAAGGAAUUACGACUCCCAACGGCAGUGUCACCACUUUCAAAACCAAUCAAAAUGGAACACUAACUGCGAUUCAACGUCUGAAAACUUUGUCUGGACCGGUAAUGUCUGCAAUGUAUUCCGCGCCUCAGGUUUCAACGCGCCAGUUUCUUGCAGUCGCUCACUAUAGUGCCUCAGCCGUCACCACCUACUCCGUGGAUCCUACUCAAGGAAUUUUUAACCAUUCCCAAACCUUUGUCUAUGAGAUGACUGGUCCUGGUCCUGUCCCUUCUCGACAGGAUGCUCCUCAUCCCCAUGGAGUAAUUGUCGACCCUACGGGACGCUUUGUCCUUGUUCCUGACCUUGGAGCUGACCUCGUCCGUAUCUUUGAGGUCAACCAACUGACUGGCCACCUCGAACAGGUAGAGCCUCUGGUCGUGACCCAAGGGUCCGGGCCCAGGCACGGCGUGUUUUGGACACCCAAAGCCGCAAAAAAUGCAAAAAGUACACCCACUGACGUCUACUUUUAUCUCAUCCAAGAAUUGAGUAAUAGCUUGAGUGGUUUUAGGGUCACCUAUUCAGAAGACGGCAUUUCCUUCGCCAAAGUCUUUGAAGGAAGCACGUAUGGCAAUGAGGCUUCUCCUACUGGUUCUAAGGCCGCCGAGAUUUCAAUAUCGCCUGAAAACAAUCAUGUAGUAGUCUCCAAUCGCCUGGAUAGCACUUUUGGCCCGAAUAGCGAUUCAUUCGCCGUAUUUUCUUGCGCCGAUUCUAGUGGGAAAUUCUUUAAGGAUGUCUCUUUCCUGGGCUUCCAUCGGGCCUACGGCUCUUCCCCACGACACUUCAACAUCAAUGGUGAUCUGGAUAUGGUUGCGGUGGCAUUGGAAAAGAGCCAGAAAGUCGCUGUAACUCGGUGGAACAAGCAUACAGGUGGUCCCGGAAUUCUCCUCGCGGAGAAGCAGAUAGAUGGGGAUAUUCCCGCUGUGGUUUGGGAUCUUUAA